AUGUCUGCUUUUGAUGAAAAGGAGGCCCAGGCCAACAUUGGCCUUGAAUUCCAACCGUCCGGGGUUUCGCCUUCGUCCAACAGUAUAGCAGAAAGUGUCGGUAACAACGAGAAGACUUUACUCCGCAAGCUCGACUAUAAGCUGCUACCGCCCUUGACAAUUUUAUAUCUCCUGUCAUUCUUGGACCGAAGCAAUGUUGGUAACGCGAAGCUUGAAGGCAUGGCCACCGACGUGGGUAUGACGGGAGACCAAUACCUGACUGGCUUAACGCUGUACUUCAUUGGCUAUGUUCUCUUUGAGGUUCCUGCGAAUACGGUCUUGAAAUUGGGCACCCCGAAGAUAUGGCUACCAACGCUCAGCUUGAUCUGCGGGGUAGUCGCAACCUUGAUGGGUAUCAUUCACAAUUAUCCCGGGUUCCUUGCUUCGCGAUUCUUUUUGGGUGUUGCGGAGAGUGGGCUUUUCCCCGGUGUGGUAUACUAUCUUUCUAUGUGGUAUAAGCGGAAUGAGCGGCAUUAUCGUGUCGCUCUGUUCUUUAGCGCUGCCAGUCUCGCUGGUGCAUUUGGAGGUGUGCUCGCUUGGGGUAUCGCGCAUAUGAAGGGAGUCGCAGGUUUGAAUGGUUGGCGCUGGAUAUUUAUCUUGGAAGGGAUUCUCACUGUCAAUGUGUCUAUCCUUGCCUAUUUUUGGGUGCACAACUAUCCAGCAACCGCCACAUUUCUUUCCAAAGAAGAACGAGACUUCAUCCAAUUCCGUCUGAAGAUUGACAAUGAUUCUACGCGGGAUGAGGAGUUCUCAUGGUCUGCUGCAAUGGACGCAUUUAAGGAUCCAAAGGUGUGGCUGUACGGAUUAGGUUUUCAUACCAUGUCAUUGCCGCUCUACACACUCUCGCUCUUCUUGCCAACAAUCAUCAGAGAUCUCGGUUAUUCCGCCGCUAAGGCGCAACUUCUCACCGUGCCCCCAUAUGCCGUCGCAUUCAUCCUGACGAUCACUAUUGCUGAUCGGGCCGGCGUGUCCUAUGCCGGUACGAUCUUCGCUGCGGCGGGUAUCUACCCUGCCGUGGCUAUUGUGUUGUCCUGGCCGGCGAAUAAUGUUUCAGGCCAGACCAAGCGCUGCAUCGCCAAUGCCAUGCAAAUCUCUAUUGGCAAUCUGAGUGCCGUUCUUGGGACACAACUCUAUCGCACCGAAAGCAGCCCACGGUACUUUCUUGGACACGGAUUCGCCCUGGGGUACCUUGUCGCCAACAUAAUUGUUGUAGCGAUUUUGUGGCGUGUACUUAGUCGAGAGAAUGACAGUAAGGAGCGUAUUCGGGAGGCGCAGGGAUUGAGACCUUUGAUGGGCGACGUUGGGGACGCAGAAGGAGAGUUUUUGGGUGACAAGGACCCCCGCUGGGUCUUCCAAUUAUGA